ACGURUGAAUAUUAUAUAAUAUGCUUCUCAAACUGGUCGUCCAGAAGAGAAUAACAUAUUACAUGGAYUUGGAUACUCGGAGUUCUGUAAUAUUAUGUCCCGUUGAAGUCCUAAGAAGCUUUAGAAGAAAACUUGUUUCUUUGUGUUGGCAUUUGCAAAGGAUGGAUAAAGAAGCGAAGGAAGAAAUAUCCAAAGGAAAUUACGAAAAUGCUUUGUUGAUAUACGAACGUCUGCUCGCCGAAGAGGGGAGUCACAAAUUCGAAGUACUUUUGGGGAAAGCACAGACUUUAAUUCUUCUAAAUCGGUUUAAUGAUGCCGUGGCCUGCUACAGGAAUGCCUUAGGGAUAUCUGUGCUCAAAGAGACAGACAUUGUGCCGUUUAUCGAUGGACUUGUUAAUAAAAUUUCCACUGUGGUGCUUUCACAACAGGCUUUAUAUUCUCAUACCCACGAACUUAUUCUCUGYCCCGUCUGUAAGGGAAUUACACUAGAUCCUAUAACACUUCCUUGUGGACACACGAACUGCCAAUCCUGUAUCGCUAAAUUAMAAAACAAAGUCUGCAAAGUCUGCUCCAAGCCGUUCUGUUCGUAUAAAGUCAAAGUAAAUGUUGUGUUACAAGCUAUAAUGAAUAAGCACUACUCGAAUGAAGUGAAAGCUGCGAACUUACGAAUAGAAGGAAAUGAUCUUCUGAAAGAAAAUAAACCAGAACAAGCACUUGAAAAAUAUCUAGAAGCUCUUAAACURCAUCCUGAUAAUCCUCUGCUWUGGAGCAACAUCUCACAUGUCAUGACACARCUUGGGAGAUUCCAGGAAGGACUGRAAAAUGCWRUAAAAGCAUGUGAACUGUACCCUGACUGGCCAAAGGGCUACUACAGAAAGGGCUGUGCAUUGCUUGGAUUACAGAAAGAUACAGAGGCAGCUGUUGCAUUUCUUCAGUGUCUUUCCAGAGACUUAACUAAUGUUUGGAUCAAGAAGUCAACAGUUGAGGUUGUACUGAAGAUGUUUCACCAACUUCACAUGACGUCAAGAGAAAACUCCGAAGGCAUCGAGUUGCAGGAAAAAAAUGCUAAUGAAGAAAAGUGUCAGCUAAAAGAAUUGAUUAAAAUGGUUGAGAAUUUAAAAGUACCUGACGACCAAGAAUCAGUCAAAGAUGAAUCAGACGAACCAUGUGAGAAGAAAGCUAAGAAAGAAAUAGUCAGCUGGAAAGAUUGUGAUGCAGAGGACUUUGAAUGCACCUUGUGCUGUAGACUUUUCUACGAGCCUAUCACAACACCAUGUGGUCAUGUCUUCUGUAGAAGUUGUCUCAACCGCAGCCUUGAUCAUAACCCUGGCUGUCCAAUUUGUCGAGGUUCGCUCUCUCAGGUUUUGGCUUUGAGAAAUCAGGCUGUAACCAUUGGCAUCGAGAAAAUCAUGCAGACUUACCUAACGGGACAGUAUGAWGAAAGAAAAAAGAUUCAUCUUGAAGAGAUGGAGAGGCUUGCCAGCGUUGCAAGCAACACUGCAGAUGACAUCCCAAUCUUCGUAUGUACCCUAGCAUUUCCCAUGAUGGCUUGCCCUUUGCAUAUUUUUGAGCCCCGGUACAGACUGAUGGUGAGGCAAUGCAUGGAGUCUGGAUCCCAACAGUUUGGCAUGUGUGCUUACGAUGAAGAUACAGGCUUUUCAGAGUAUGGAACAAUGCUUGAAAUCAUUAAUGUCCAGUUCCUAGCUGAUGGACGGUCGUUCGUGAAUACUAUCGGAGGGCGGAGAUUUAAGGUAUUAAGCAAAGGAAUGCGUGAUGGAUAUAGUGUAGCUAAAGUGGAGUGGAUAGCAGACGAGCCUGUUGAAGCAGCAGAAGAAGAAGCCGAACUCAAACGUGUUAUCAGUGAAGUGUACGGCGAAGCGAAGCGAUGGUUUGACAACUUACCAUUGCUAGUGAGAAGACGGAUSGUGACUUCAGUGAGUGACUUUCCACCGUGGGAUGACAAUGCAGAGAAGCUUCCUCAUGGUCCACAAUGGCUGUGGUGGUUMAUAGCCAUCUGCCCGCUCGACCCUAAAACGCAAAUCAACCUGCUUGGCUUGAAAUCACUAAAAGAACGUCUUGUAAUAAUGAGGAGAAUACUCACCGCUAUAUCGUAAACUAGCWCCUUUCGAAUAUCGGUUUAUUUCAAAUAUCUGGGCGAUUAGUCUUAAAAGAGCGAUCGUUCUUUAGUGCACAACAACUUCAAUUUUAUCAGUCCAACCUAGUAGGCCAUUCCAAGAUCCAAGAAUAGUUGGAAUGACUUCAGGUGUUUCUGCUUCUUAUUCUCGUCAAGAACAUGAACCUAAGUGUUGAGACUGAUUCAAUGUUGUUUGUUAGUCAACUAAACCAUUUCCAUCUCAGGAUGACCAAUCGCCUAUCGCUUUUGGCGAUGACGUUUUUUUUUUUUUCUGAAAUAGGUGUAUUUUCGGAAUGAAAAUAAAUCAGUUGUAAGUAUACCUGUAAAGAAAUAAUUCCAAAAUUUAUGUUUCUGAACUGAAAAUCUUGCUUGGACAUAAACGGAAUCUUAUGAGAUAUGGCUUCUGCUAGUUCUGUAAUAUUUAUUAUUGCCUAGGAAUKGGAAUGCAGUUUUUGAAAAACUAUGUACAUAUAUGGUUUGGUUUUUUUAACCUUAUAUUGGGAAAUUAUAAUAAAAUACCAUAAAAUGAAA